ACCCGUGACUGAAAUCAACAGAGGAAAUUCUUUUCCUAACAAGUACGCCAAAUGAAGAGAAUACUCCUAAUGAAUAAUGCCCUUUCUAUGAAGUUUCAGGCUUCAGCUGAACUCCCUUUCACUUUUUCACCUUUGGGUAUGUCAGAGAAAUUAUUCCGCGACGUCGUUUUCCUGUUACAUAAACAUUAGUUCCACUACCACCACUUGUCUUUUUGUUCUUGACGAGUGGGAAUGAUUCGACCCCCAACUGGGCCGCUCACCCGCUUUACGAACUUUAGGUAGGAGUAAAAUAUAUCGAUGCAGUUUUUCUUUUUAAUUAUUAUCUCCGCCUCUGUAAAGCUCUUGGGUCUUCGGUCUUUCCCUUGGAUGAAGCAAAUCAGUUCUGUUACUCUUCCUGCCAAGAUGCUCUUGUCCCUCCGCUACCUUUUUGCCGAAAAUUAACUGACAAGAACAUGUAGUUAAGUUGCUCAAGAAUUCCUCAAUUCCCGGGAUUCUGGUGUUGCUCAUAUUUCUUUUUUAUGAGUUUCUAUGGACAGGGGAACAUGUUUUCUGGAUAAUUCUUGCUAUCAUUUAUGUUUUAUAUUUCUAUCAGUUUUCUGAUUCUGAAUUAGUUUAUUAGGAUAAUGGGAGCACUGACCUCACGUAAGCUGGAAUUUUGAGUUAGAGGAGCCUAAGAAAAUUCAGAGAAUUAAGCAUGGUUUCUACGGAUAAUGGUGAAUGUAAUGGUGGGAUUGAGGAAGGCUCCCUUGGUAAAGUCAGGAGUCUUACAGCUCUGCACAUUUCAACUUCACAAAGGGGUCUUAUAAGUGACCAAGAUUCUCAAAGUGGUUUCCAGGCUUCUCUCGCCAAUAGGCUGAGGUUCCUUAAAUUUGGAAAUUUGUCGUCUCCAUCUGCCAAAUUCUAUCAGAUCGCCCAGGAAAGAGAGGAUGUCUCUCGCACUGUACCAUCGAGCAGCAGUCUUCAUAUUCGUGAACGUGUCAAUAGAUUGUUCUCCCAUAAAAUUGAUUGGCCUUCUUUGUGGAACAUUUCCAAGGAAUGGAUCCGAAAUCCUAUGAAUUUGGCUCUCUUUAUCUGGAUUUUAUGUGUUGCUGUAUCUGGUGCAAUCCUGUUCCUUGUCAUGACGGGGAUGUUGAACCAUGCUCUUCCGAAGAAGUCAGAAAGAGAUGCUUGGUUUGAAGUCAAUAACCAAAUCCUCAACGCGCUAUUUACAUUGAUGUGUUUGUAUCAGCACCCAAAACGUUUCUAUCACCUUGUGCUUCUUUUAAGGUGGAGACCAGAAGAUGUGACCAAGCUUAGGAAGAUUUAUUGCAAGCAUGGUACUUACAAGCCUCAUGAGUGGAUGCACAUGAUGGUUGUGGUGAUUUUGCUCCACCUUAAUUGUUUUGCUCAGUAUGCAUUAUGUGGCCUUAACUUGGGGUACAAGAGAUCAGAGCGACCUGCUAUAGGUGUUGGAAUAACUAUAUCGUUUGCAAUUGGUGCACCUGCUGCAGCUGGAGUGUACUCUAUGCUUAGCCCUCUUGGUAGGGACUAUGCUUCAGAUUUGGAUGAGGAGGCACAACUUCAUGUUGCUCCAGAGAGCAGCACAUCCAACCAACCUAGGAGACAAUCAUUGGAGAAGAGAUUUUCAUUUGCACUUAGAUCCGAUGAUGGGAGAGUUGUUGAGACAAGUCCAAGUUGGAGCGGAGGUAUAUUUGAUUUUUGGGAUGACAUCUCUUUGGCCUAUCUGUCUUUGUUCUGUACCUUUUGUGUGUUUGGUUGGAAUAUGGAAAGACUAGGAUUUGGCAAUAUGUAUGUGCACAUUGCGACAUUUCUUUUGUUCUGUAUGGCUCCUUUCUGGAUCUUCAAUCUGGCAGCUGUGAAUAUCAAUAACGAAACUGUAAGAGAGGCUCUGGGUGUUACUGGAAUUUUUCUGUGUGUUUUCGGGUUGCUCUAUGGUGGCUUCUGGAGGAUUCAGAUGCGAAAGAGGUUUAAUCUUCCACCAUACAAUUUUUGUUGUAAUAAACCAGCUAUUGCAGAUUGUGCCCUCUGGCUUUGCUGUUGUUGGUGUUCCCUCGCCCAGGAAGUAAGGACUGGGAAUGCCUAUGAUAUUGUGGAAGAUAAGUUUUAUAGGAAGCAAGAUGAUGAUACUCAAGCAAUCCCAAUUUCACCUUUGCCUCGAGAGGAUGGAGAGUUCCAAUUUAGGGCCAGCCCGUCUCCUGUAAGAAGCCCAUCUCCUACACACCUCCCACUUGCAAGCUCUCCUAGUCCUAGUAGAUUCUCGAAGGAACGUAAUAGCCCUGGUAGACAUCUUCCAUCUGUGGAAGAAGGAUAUGCAGGACCCAUAAAUGACACGAGCUCAUCUCCUUCUCAUUAUAUGAGAGCUAGCUCCCCUAGUCCCAGUAGAUUUUCAAAGGAGUAUAACAGCCCCGGCAGUCACCUUCCUUCUGGUUCAGAUAAGGGAUCUAAGGAUGACACAAUGACACCUCCUGCUCCAUCAUCUAUAUCAAGGUGAUGCCAUGCCACUUGUAGCAGAAAUUUUGGAAAGUAGAUUUACUAAGGUAUAGAAACAUUUCUCAGUGUACUUUCUGUCUUGCUGCAACUGUACGUGUAAAUUUUUUGAGUGUACAUCUCUGAUAUGCAUUUUGAAGCUCGAAUGACCUCCCAUUUUGCGGUUUCUUAAGACACAGUUUGGUUUGCCCCCAAGUUUUCGCCAGCAUAGUUAAAAUUAAGAAGGGGGGUUUGCAAAGAUCUGUAUAUUUUGGAGUUUGAAGGUUUCUCAAUUUAUUGAGUCUGAUCAUACCCGUUUGCUAUAUUCAGCCUCCUCCUUUUAUCCCUCUCUGGUUGUGACUAUCUAUAAUAAUGUUUCUCUAGCAUGUUAGUAGGUUUCUUAUAGAAGCUCUGCCAAACUUGCUUCAAUUAUACAGUAUAUAGUGCAGGUUCAUCUCUCAAUCAAACUGAUGUAACCUCUCCCUGUCUAUUAUGAAGACGAAUUAACGAUGCUAGGAAUUACUUAAAUUAGACCACCUAGUUCUUCUAGAUUGAUCAUUCAAGAUUGUGAAGUCAUGCUAGAGUGAUCGUGUAUGCUACCCAAAUGUUCAUAUUUUGAAAAAAAAAAUGUUACUAUAAAGUGAAGCACAAAAACGAAGACGUAGCAUUGCAUUUUUGGCCUCAUUUGCAGACCAGCAAACAAAGGAUACGCCAUUGCUUACUUAUGGCUUUGAUGGUAACAACUCAAAGGAAAAAAUCUGCAUAAUUCUUGAAUGGAUGCUAGCGUAGAAAAUCACAGAACUGUAAUCUGUCUUCCUCGGUGGAUUGUUUUAAAAGUGCGUGUAAAAAUCAGGGUUUCCUUGAAUGGGAAGUGAAUCAACAAAUAAAUCUUGGAGGGUUGAUGACACUUCUUUUUCCCCUCUUAUCAGAUGUCACCCCGAUAUAUUUA